AUGGCAAUUGAAAUGGUCGGCGAGCAAAGCGAUGAUGUCCACCAGGCUCCCGCCGAUAUCACCCCCGCUCCGAUGGAGGAUUACACCUUUCCCGAAUUGCGCCUCAAGCGCACGAUGAGUGACCCGGAAAAGACUCCUCUGUUGUUAGUCGCCUGUGGUUCCUUUUCGCCAAUUACCUAUCUACACCUGCGGAUGUUCGAGAUGGCCGCCGACCAUGUCAGAUUCAGCUCCGACUACGAACUCAUAGGAGGAUAUUUGUCGCCGGUCUCGGACGCCUAUCGGAAAGCUGGUCUGGCCAGUGCUGAGCAUCGCGUUGCGAUGUGCCAACUCGCCGUUGAUCAAACCUCUGACUGGUUGAUGGUGGAUACAUGGGAACCCUUACAGAAGGAGUAUCAGCCUACAGCGGUGGUAUUGGAUCAUUUUGAUCAUGAAAUCAACGUGGUUCGUGAAGGCGUGGACUGCGGAAAUGGAACUCGAAAGCCUGUCCGCAUUGCUUUGCUCGCGGGCGCGGAUCUCAUCCACACUAUGUCAACACCCGGUGUGUGGAGUGAGAAGGAUCUGGACCACAUCCUCGGAAAAUACGGUUCCUUCAUUGUGGAGCGCAGUGGCACGGACAUUGAUGAAGCCCUUGCCAGUCUGCAGCCUUGGAAGGACAACAUCCAUGUGAUUCAACAGCUUAUCCAAAAUGACGUGAGCAGUACUAAGAUCCGACUGUUCCUGAGACGUGAGAUGAGUGUUCGCUACCUCAUCCCAGUGCCAGUCAUUCAUUACAUUGAGCAACAUCACCUCUACGAAGAUGAUGGCACUGCAGAGAAGGGUAAGGAGAAACAAGAGGGGCGAUCCGGAUAA